AGGCGCUCUUCUGCGUCGGCGCCCGAGUUGCGGCUCUGGAAACAACUCACAUUCCUCGAAAAGUCUGGAAACCUGCACGGACCACCAUCCAGCCUUAUCCCUCCUCGCCAGCCUUGUGAUGCCAUCAGGAGUCUAUAAGACACCUUCGAACGAGUCUCCUAUGUUGCUAGUCACCACACUCGAAAGAGAACAUCAGAACAACUUACACGAUGCAUAACCCAACAAGUAUGUUUUACACAUCUCUGCUAUUCCUCGCCUUCAUAUUUGGUGUGAAUGCAUCUCCCAUUGCACAUCCUCAAGCAGUCACAGCCACGAUCGCGCCCUCCGGCCCAUCUCAACCAGGUUGUACGCAUAGCUACUCCGGCGUCUUUGGCAUCGCGGUAAUGAACAUUUCAACUUUAAACUCAACCUCAACAUCGUCCACGCAGCUGGGAAAGAGACAGGGGUCAGAUUCCUCCCAAGCAACACCGACCCUCACCGUAGGCGUCGUCUCGCAGAUCGGAGACGGCCAGAUCCAAGGUGGAAUGCACACCGUGACCAUGACCCCAACACCAACCUCGCAGACCAGCACAGCCACUGUGACUAUAACUCCUAUAUCACAGAUCGGCGACGGUCAGAUUCAGAAUCCUACUGGUUCAGCUCCAACGGCAGCCGAGAGAGCCGCAUCGACUGAGUCCCCGUCCGACCCGGGGUGCGCUGCGACACCAAGACCUCAAGAAUCAAACGGCAACACGAGCACCGGCACGAAUACGGGCGAGGUCUCCCCAGAAACUGCGUUGCCAUCAACAACCUCCGCAAAUUCAACGACAUCUGCAUCUCGGUCAUCAACACCAUCCGAGACCGGGUCGGUAGAGGUGUCGUCCCUCGUAUCAUGCCUAUCGAAUUCCACACUAAAGCUUACGCUGUCCAACGGCACACUCCUCGACGCACGCAAUCGGACAGGCUACAUCGCGUCAAACUACCAAUUCCAAUUCGACGGGCCACCUCAAGCUGGUGCAAUAUAUACGUCAGGAUGGAGUGUUUGUGACAGCGAAGACGGAUCAGGUUCACCAACAUUAGCCUUGGGCGGAAACACGACUUUCUAUCAGUGUUUGAGUGGGAAGUUUUACAAUCUAUACACGAUCAAUUGGGCAGCACAGUGUAGUCCGGUCCAACUCAAGGUUACUGGUUUGGUGCAAUGUGGAUCGUGAUACUGAUACUGGUACCGAUAAUGAGGUUGCAAAGGGACGAAUGAUAUUAAAGGUAAUGAACGAACGACUUUAGAUCGACCAACAGUAUUUAUUGUACUCAGUACUUAAUUGAAGGAACACGCUUUUGCUCGGUAGAUAUCAUCUACUCCAGAACAUCUCUCAAGUACCACGCAUC